AUGGUUGCCGGCGAUCUACCAGAAGAUUUAACGUCCAAUAUCCUCUCAAGGCUUCCAAUAAAAUCUCUUUUACAUUUCAGUUGCGUGCAUAAAACUUGGAAUUCUCUGUUGAAAUCAUCCUAUUUUAUCACCAGCCACUUUAAGAAUCCCAACAACAAAGACUAUGGUUUGAUCUUCGUCAAGUAUCAGGACCCUGAAAAACCCAGGUUCAGGUUGGUUACUUGUGACACCUAUGAUAUCCGUUUAGACCUUGGAUUACCCUCUAAAUCGUUGCGUUGGUGCUUCUACGUUGGUGGUUCCUGUAAUGGCUUGGUUUGUUUAUUUGAUGUUGGUCAUCUUCAACUUCAAGAAUACGAAGGAAAUCCAUUUGCUGAAUCUAGUGAGGGUCAAAGUGCACGUAUAGCUCGAUCAAAAGGAAAAGCGAAGAAACACCAUUAUGAUAUUUUUAGAGGUUCUUUAUCUUCAGGUGGAAGACCAAAUUCUAGUAACUUUGAGUAUAGUGAAUCAUAUGCUAGUACUCAAAGACAUUACUAUCCACCAGAUCAAUUUAAUUUUCGAUCUCCUUAUGGUUAUCCACCUCCAUAUGGUUAUUAUCCACCUCAAAUGUAUCCUUCACCUCCUUAA